AUGGUGACUUCCAGGAGCAGUGAUUAUGAUUAUGAUUAUUCCUCUAGCUCUUCUGACGAGGAUUCCAAGGUUCCAGAGAUGAAUAUUUCUACAGCAGAAUCUCGCGCCAAGAUGGACCAGUCAUUGAAGAAGUCUAAGGAAGCCAUAAACGGCAUGUCUCUUGAUCAGCUGAAGACUGCCCACGCUGAAGAAGAAGAACCCGUAUGGGAGCCAAGGAAUCACAAAAUUAAGCCACACCGGCUUACCAGGGAGAUUGAGCGAUUAGUUGAGGAUGAUCUUGAAGCUGGACACAAAAAGGAAGAGUAUUGGGAUGCAAUGUACAACGAUCCUGAUGAGAGAGAAGACUUUGGUGAUGAUUCUAACAGUGAUUCUGAGGAAGAGCGUGAAGAAGAUUCCAGGAAAGACGAUGAUGGUGAUGAAGAGUCCGAUGAGUCUGACGAUUAG